AUUUUGUAAAGAUUAAACAGGGAGUUCAUUCAUUGUUGAUAGCUCCCAGAUGUGGGCCUGCACACCACCACUCUUCGCAGCUUCUCGUGAAACCGAGACACUAACGUUUGCAAAGAACGGGAUACAUCGAAAUAAGGUGCGAGUUGAGAAUCUUUCAUGUUGUCACGAAAAGUGACAAAUCCGCAGUUUGCAUUGUGCGUGAGACGGGCUGACCAACCUACUGGGUCGAGAUAAAUAGACGAUCAAUUAUGCAACCGUUGAAUUAUGUAAACUCUGGUGAGAAUGAGAGGCUUUGCCAAUGAAAUUUGCAUUCCAAACUGAGGGCGGAGUGACUGAGAUGCUGUUUACUGCAGAGUCCGAACGCACGUAUAUAUAGAUCGAGCAAAAUCUGAAUUGCUGCUCACAACUUGCAACUCGCCAUUGCAUCCCAGAAUUCGAUUGUUGUUUUUGCAGACGUCCUCCAAGAUGCUAGCAGAAGUUAAGAUCCUGGGACUCUCUUUGGUUCUCAUCUCCAUCUGCCACUGUUAUGCACAGUCCAACUGCAAUGUGAGCACUUUCCCAGUCAAAGAAAACUUCAACAAAACACGAUAUCUAGGACGAUGGUAUGCGAUGGCAAAGAAAAGUCCAGACUCAAUUUUCCUAGAAGACAACAUCUACGCUGACUUUGCGCAGGAUGACCAGGGAUUCAUGAACGCCACAGCCAGAGGAAGAGUCACUCUGCUCGAAAACUGGCCAACCUGCGUCCAAAUGCUGGGAAAGUUCCUGGAAACCUCGAACCCGGCUAAAUUCAAACUGAAAUACCGAGGAGCUUUGCAUUACCUCCAGUCCGGCUUUGAUGAUCACUGGGUGAUUGACACAGAUUAUGAUACAUUUGCCAUCACCUACACCUGUCGACAACUGAAUGAUGAUGAAACCUGUGCAGACAGCUACUCACUUGUGUUCUCUCGGGAUCCCAAAGGCAUUCCCCCCGAGGUGCAUGGUAUAAUUCGACAAAGGCAGGGACAAAUCUGUCUGGCAAAUAAAUACGGACGCGUCCGGCAUGAAGGUCUGUGCCUUGUGUAGGUCCACUGAAUUAUGUUAAUGUUGACAAGAACAUCAUGGCUGUGAGUGUGAAUCUGCAACACUGCACAAAAACCAGCUUCAAUCAUCUUGUGAAUAUCUUUUGCUAAAACUCUGAGAUGCUACCCUGCGUGGAGGGUGCUAUAUAAGUGCAAGUUGUUGUUCCUAAAAUUCACUCUGUAGCAAUAUUGUAAAUUCAAACAGAUUUCCACACGUUGUUUACUUUCACAAUUGUUAGAGUUGAAUAAAAUAAUUAUAAACA